UAUCAUUAUGCCUCAGUCGUGAAAUGUACCGCUGACGUUAAACUAGUGAAAAUAAACGCGUUAUUUAUUUUAUAUUUUAGUUUAUUUAUUCUUGUGCCGUGGAAAAUAACUAAACGUCGUUAUUAUCGAUAUAAUGAGUUUUAGUGGUUCUAAUUGAUAUUUAAUAGUGCGCAGUGUUUGAUAGUUUGAGAAACGCACAAACAAAUUUAUUGCAUUUGAUUUCGAAGAGCGAUUUUGAAUACUCGCACCGGUGUUGGUAUCCGAUAGUCUUAACUGGGAGUCGUUAAUGUUAACCGCGUGAUAUAUCAAUUACGUUGAAACAAACUGAUAAACAGUCCAACUUCGUAUCUCUACGACAUCACUAUGUGAAACAGUUGCAGUUACAACAAAAAAAAAUCAAGCAAAAAAAAUUAAAAGUGUAAAAAAAUUGAAUAAAAUAUUGUAAAAACUGUAACAAAAAUACGUGACAUUAAAAACAAGACAUUAAAAAAUAAGAAAAAAUAAAAAGUAACCAAAAAGGUUUGUCAAAUAAAAACUCUAAUAAAAAAAAAGUGACUGGCAACUAACCAUAAAAUAAAAAAAACAACCAAAUUCUAUAUUCAAAUCUGACAGAAACAGAAGAAAAGUUUGCGUGUGACGAAAAAAAAAUAGUGAAUAAAAGUGUCAUUUGUUUUUUAGUGUCUUUUAAUAUAUUAUUUUUAAAUCAUGGGUUGUGAACUAAGUAAGUUAGCAUCAUCAGAAUUCAACAACCAUGAUGCUUUGGACCGCCCACCACCGCCGGCAGACCCUCGAUCACCUCUCACCACGAAACAACAGUACUGCAUGCUGGCAUCAUGGAAGGGUAUCUUCAGACAAAUCGAGAAGACUGGCAUUCUACUGUUUAUCAAAUUAUUCGAAGAAAACGAAGACUUACUGCAUUUAUUCGAGAAAUUUGGUGAACUGAAGACGGCUGAGGCGCAGAUGAGCUCUGAGGAGUUGGCAGAACACGCCACGAAAGUGAUGCACACCUUGGACGAAGGGAUCAAGGGUCUGGGAGACAUUGAUGCAUUCUUUGCAUACAUUAGACACGUAGGAGCUACACACCAUCAGGUGCCUGGAUUCAAAGCUGAAAACUUUUGGAAAAUUGAGCAGCCAUUCCUACAAGCAGCUAAGACGACCCUGGCAGACAGAUACACACCAAACAUCGAAGAAAUUUACAAGAAGACCAUCAGGUUUAUACUGGAGAACCUGGUCAAGGGUUAUGAGGACUCCGCAGUUGAAAACGGGAACGGACAAUCUUGACAGAGCUAUUAAAGUUUAGUAUAGGUUAAUUAUAAAAUUAUGGUUACCAUCAUAGCGUUUGUUGGUUUGAGCUAAAAUUGUCAUACGUUGUUAAUUUUCUUGUCUAAAUAUGUAUACCGAGUUCUGUAACUACCGUAGUACUUUGGUACUACGGUAGUUACAGUACUCGGUGUACAUGACUUGUCAUGUUAUCAUGUUUCUCAUUCAUCAAUUCCAUCAUACAUGAAUACCUAAUCAUCUACCUACAUCUACGUUCGUAAUAAUAUCAUGCGCCAGAUAAAGUACUUUCAUAAAUCAUACAAUCCCAUAUUCAUCGUCAUCUGAAAACAAGUUACCAUACUAUUUCCAUCGAUCGUGUCUUAGGUCAUUCCAUAUCUACACAUUUCACCUUAAAUCAUUCAUAACCCCUUCUACUAUUUAGCAGGAGUAGGAACGUACCCAAGGCAAAGUCAUUGGAUGAUUUCCCCCCUCAAAAAAAAGGUCGUUCCAUAUCUAGAUCUAUAUUAUCAUUAUUAUCGCCAUUGAUAUACAUUUUUCAAACCAUUAAAUAGAUGCAUCUCUCAUCAGCAUCGUCAUCUACAUUUUUCCAAACAAACAUAACAUUUCCAUUUCAAUCAUUUUUCUUUAUCAUCUGCAUACUCAUUCAUAUCAUUUCAAGGUUUUCGCUAUUAUUAUAAUUAUCAUUUAAUCAUCUCAUCAUCAAGCAUGUCAUUCAUUUCAAUUCAAUCAUAAUAUAAUAUUUCUGAUUUUACGUUUUUCUCAAAUUAUAAAUUAUAGUUUUUAUUAUUUAAGUCCUGAUUCGAAGAUAAAUGAACCCUACAAUUACAUUAAUUCCAAUCACCUACAAAAACAAUCUGCUUUUAUUAUUUCUAGAAUAAAAUCAAGAAUGAACCAAUAAAAAAAUCUCAGUUUCCUCAUUACAUUUUAGAAAUAAUUUUCUUUAACAUUUUAGCUCAAAACCAACAACGUUGUCCAACUAGGUUAACUUACUUUAGGCGAAUUUUUCUCCAAGUUCUAUUCAUAUUUCAUACACAUUAAAAUAAUUUAAUUCACUUUCAUAAACACUAAAGUUGGGCCGUCUGCCAAGAACUUAGACUAAAGUUCUGCUAAUUUAUAGCUCUAACUUACGGACGCAGUAGGUAUUACUUACUUAAGCUGUUUUUAUUUUUUUGCUAUGGAGGAACAUUUUUAUGAUCAUAAUAUAAUAAUAUUUGUGUUCAAUUAAGAAGAAAUUAGUUAAGAAGUAUAGAAAAAUUAAAUCGACCUCAAAAAUCAUGUUAUCUAAAAGCGACAGCAUUAGUUCAGUAAUAGAAGUGAUAGUAAUAAAAGUAAUAGCUGCUGACGACGUAUUUAUUAAUGGACGAAAGCUCUACUAGUUUCGAGUCACCGAGGGACUCUUCAUAAUGAGCAGCGUGCGCAGACCUGGCGACGUCGCGCAGCCUACAGACUCAAAACUAGUAGAGCUUUUCUCCUGUAAUAAUACGUGUGUAAACCGUGAUUUUUAGUUAAUUUAAUAUGUCUCACAAUAGUUAUUAUAAAAAACGACGUUGAUAUUGUUAUUCAUAAAACAAAUGGCAAAUUGAUGACUUUGAUAUAUGUACAUUAACAUCAUAUGAUUGGCCAAUUGCUGAACAAAGGUCUCUUCUCACAUAGAGAAAGCAUUAAUCAACACUCUUGUUUGAAGCAGGUUGGUGAUUUCAAACUUUUUAUAUCUAUAAAGUUUACUCACAAUAUUACAAUUAAACUUAAAUUAUUUUUAUUUAAUACCUUGUAUAUGUAUACUUAAGUAUUAUUAGGUUGGGGGGUAUUCUAAUGUAGUAUGUACGUUUAUAAUAUUUAAGAUCUUUCUUGUAUUAAAACCUAUAGUAAUUAUUUUGUUACCAUUUGUUGAUUUACUUAUGUUUAGUAGUAUUCUUCACGAUUUCGGAUGAUAAUUCUGGUCAUUAUAUUUAUAAUGUAAUGUUAUUAUUAUGUACUAGUCUAAACUUAGUAUAAUUAACUAUUAUAAUUACGUAUUUAAUUAUGUCUUCAA